AUGCCUUACAAUACUCGCCGCAAGUCGUUGUCUCUCCCUUCGCUGGGUAUUCAUCUUCCCAAUUCAUCUCGUCGGUCCCCUUCUGCGUCGAAACAGCCGCACGCGACCGACGAUCAAUUGCCGCCAUCUAAAAAAGUAAAGAGGUCGCACGACUCGGUAUCAUCAUCACCAGAGCCUUCGCCAUCCUCGAAUUCUUCCACAGAUGCAAAGGACCAGCAAACAAUACGGCCGAACGGAAGGCGCGGAAUUUAUGAGCAUACGCCACCUCCGUCCCCUACGGACGGAACCGCUGCGCCCAAGAUCGACACAGAAGGUAUCAACGAUGACAUCGUCGUGGGCGUGAUUGAGCAACUAGAGAAGACCGGGAAUCGCCCUCACCUUGUUAAAGAGCUCGCAGCCAUUCUCGUUACCCUCAACGAGAAUGUCGCAAACUCCGCCAAUCCCGCUGCUCUCCUGUCUUCGCGACUAGGCACCUAUAUGAAGCGCCCUUGGACUGCCCUGGCGCCGUGCCCUAUUGCAAAGGAAUUAAUUCCUAUACAUCCGCGCAAAGUGUAUUACUACCUCACGACAUUGCCGCGUCGGCCUAUUCCCGAGAACUCGGAUGAUGUGAUCAUUCCAGGUGUGGAUGGGAAAGACUUCACGCCCAGCGUUUCCAACGCUGACCUGGAUGAUGAGGAGAUGUUGGCACGGGAACGAUCGCUUAGUCCCGAGGUCGACCUGUCCUCUCCUGAUUUUGAGGAAGAGAAUAUCGAUCGUAGUGCAGGACGCCCUGGCCACAGUUUCAGCGAACAUCACAGCCAUGCGCGCCUCAUGCAUUCAAAUCGCGCCGCAUCCCCGCCGCUGGAGGGCGAUGAGAAGGAGUUCACGCAGACUGCCAGUGCUGUUCGCGAGCGGGCCUCGGAGCAGAAAGCAGCCACGGAGAAGUCCUCUGCUCUCUCGGAUGCCCUCAGCGAGUUGGAAAACGGAGUCAUGAGCAUUUCGGAGACCUCAGUCGAAAACAGUCCUCUUUCCUCUAUCAACGAGGAGCGCCUGCCGGAUCACGAGGACAGCGAUUACUUCUCACAUGGAAACUACCAGGUCCAACAGCGGUUCCAGCAGCAGCUGGAGCUGGAUCAACUUGAUACCGAUGAUGUGGCUGCGUCGGCCCUCUUCGGUACCUCGCCUUCCCCGUCGCUCGCGUCGGUCGCAUCGUCGCUCUCGUCAGGGACGAGUGCCGCGUCCGAUGACGGUCUUGAAGUUGAGGACCGUGCGACUGUCCUCGCGAGUGCUCCCCAGAUCAGCCUUCCCGAAGAUCCUAGUGUUCGCUCGGUCUCGACCCUGAAGCGAUCUAUUGACAUGUUAAAUAGUGAGCUUCCAGAUAUUGAGAUGAAGAUGUCGGAGCUAGCUGAGCAGGAAGACAAAUUGGUGCUGCCUGGGAGAAUCCAGGAUAUGGAUAUGGACAUGGUCUUUGAUUCGUGGCGAGAGCUGCAGAAUCCGGAGACUGUAGAAGUCGACGAGCUCGACGAGAUGUUCGGUGAGAUCUGA